CGGAGCCCCCGCCCCAGGCCCGUGCGCGCUGGAUCUCCGGCCGGAGCCCGCUCAGCCUCCGGCCCGGUGCCCGCGCAGUGCCCUGCAUCUCGGAGUCUGGCUCGGCCGCGGCGACGCGGCAGGUGUUUCCGCCUCCCCUCGCUGGGGCCGCAAUCACCAUGUUCUCGUGCGUGAAGCCCUAUGACAACCAGAACUACUCGGCCCUGAAGCGGGCCUGUCUGCGCAGGAAGGUGCUCUUCGAGGACCCGCACUUCCCCGCCACCGACGACUCGCUCUACUAUAAGGGCACCCCAGGGCCCACGGUCAGGUGGAAGCGGCCCAAGGACAUCUGCGAGGACCCCCGCCUCUUUGUGGAUGGCAUCAGCUCCCACGACCUGCACCAGGGCCAGGUGGGCAACUGCUGGUUUGUGGCAGCCUGCUCGUCACUCGCCUCUCGUGAGUCGCUGUGGCAAAAGGUCAUCCCAGACUGGAAGGAGCAGGAGUGGGACCCUGAGAAGCCUGACGCUUAUGCGGGCAUCUUCCACUUCCACUUCUGGCGCUUUGGGGAGUGGGUGGACGUGGUCAUCGAUGACCGGCUGCCUACGGUCAACAACCAGCUCAUCUACUGCCACUCCAACUCCCGCAACGAGUUCUGGUGUGCUCUGGUGGAGAAGGCCUAUGCCAAGCUGGCGGGCUGUUACCAGGCCCUGGAUGGAGGCAACACGGCAGACGCGCUGGUGGACUUCACAGGUGGCGUUUCUGAGCCCAUUGACCUGACUGAGGGUGACUUCAGCAAUGACGAGGCCAAGAGGAACCAGCUCUUUGAGCGUAUGUUGAAGGUGCACAGCCGGGGAGGCCUCAUCAGUGCCUCCAUCAAGGCAGUGACAGCGGCUGACAUGGAGGCCCGCCUGGCAUGCGGCCUGGUGAAGGGCCAUGCGUAUGCUGUCACUGAUGUGCGCAAGGUGCGCCUGGGCCACGGCCUGCUGGCCAUGUUCAAAUCGGAGAAGCUGGACAUGAUUCGCCUGCGCAACCCCUGGGGCGAGCGGGAGUGGAAUGGGCCCUGGAGCGACACUUCAGAGGAGUGGCAGAAAGUGAGCAAGAGUGAGCGGGAGAAGAUGGGCGUGACCGUGCAGGACGACGGCGAGUUCUGGAUGACCUUCGAGGAUGUGUGCCGCUACUUCACCGACAUCAUCAAGUGCCGCCUGAUCAACACAUCCUACCUGAGCAUCCACAAGACAUGGGAAGAGGCCCGGCUGCGUGGCGCCUGGACACGGCACGAGGACCCGCAGCAGAACCGCAGCGGGGGCUGCAUCAACCACAAGGACACCUUCUUCCAGAACCCGCAGUACAUCUUUGAAGUCAAAAAGCCAGAAGAUGAAGUACUCAUCUGCAUCCAGCAGCGGCCGAAGCGGUCUACCUGCCGCGAGGGCAAAGGCGAGAACCUGGCCAUUGGCUUUGACAUCUACAAGGUGGAGGAGAACCGCGAGUACCGCAUGCACAGCCUGCAGCACAAGGCCGCCAGCUCCAUCUACAUCAACUCACGCAGCGUCUUCCUGCGCACAGACCAGCCCGAGGGCCGCUACGUCAUCAUCCCCACCACCUUCGAGCCAGGCCACACUGGCGAGUUCCUGCUCCGAGUCUUCACUGACGUCCCCUCCAACUGCCGGGAGCUGCGCCUGGAUGAGCCCCCCCGCACCUGCUGGAGCUCCCUAUGUGGCUACCCCCAGCAGGUGACCCAGGUACAUGUCCUGGGGGCUGCUGGUCUCAAGGAUUCCCCAACGGGGGCUAACUCUUACGUGAUCAUCAAGUGUGAGGGGGACAAGGUCCGCUCGACCGUGCAGAAAGGCACCUCAACACCUGAGUACAAUGUGAAAGGCGUCUUCUACCGCAAGAAGCCAGGACAGCCCAUCACUGUCCAGAUCUGGAACCACCGGGUCCUGAAGGAUGAGUUUCUGGGCCAGGUGCACCUGAAGGCUGACCCAGAUGACCUCCAGGCCCGGCACACCCUCCACCUCCGAGACCACGAUAGCCGGCAGCCCAGCGACCUGCCGGGCACUGUCGCUGUGGACGUCCUCAGCAGUGCCUCCCUGACAGCUGUCUGACACCCGCCCA